AUUUAGGACUAAUAUUUCAAGGUCUGACCGAUGUAACCAGCGCGCUGUUCGGUGUAAGUAUCAAAUGAGCGAGAUAGAUACAACUUCUUCGAAGUACAGAUUUGCGGUCUACCAACCGUAAGACACAUUUUAUGUAAAAGCAACAAAGCUAGUGCGGAGGAUACAAGAUUGAAGCAAUUGUUUAUUGACAGUGAUGAGGACAAAGAUGGACGCUUGGAUUGCGAUGACUUGCAACAUAUGUGCCGCAAGCUGAGCAUGGAAGAACAUUCUGAGGAUAUAAUCACGCUUCUGAAUUCAAGAAUAAAGAAAAGUAUCACAGUUGCUGACCUACUGCAAUGUCACAAAGAAGUCAUUCGAGUCGGGAAUGGACCCAUUGAAACUGAGAAGUUUGCUGAUCAAGACCUAUUUCGUGGAAACCUAUCACACGAAUGUAGUGUCAAAAAGUUUGCUAAGUACACGGAUGUACGGCACCUAUGUGCAGAGUUUUCCGAACUAGCCCGUGGCUUCGUACACAAAGAACCUAAUGGAAAUAUACAUCUGGAAAGCUCUACCAGUGACGUCAGCCUACUCAACUCAGGUGCUGAAUACGACUCUGGUGCGCAAGAUCUUUGUGAUGAACCACAAAGUCUACACCUGCUUAUGAAGUGUGAAAACCCUGAAUUAUAUCGCCUUGCUUUUCCAGCCCAUGUGUCUUACGCCACUCCUCCUCCUCCUGCUCCUGCUCCUCAACAAUCGUCUCGAUUGACAGCAACUGCUGCGAGAGAAUCAAGGCUGCGAAACAACGGUUCCUGUGCUUCCUCGUCAAAUCCCGGGGACAUGGAUGCUAUUAUUCUUGAUACUUCUUCCUGUGGGGCAGCAAACGAGCCGGCGCAUCCACACGUUCAUUGUCUAUCCCAUCCCGCCGUAUCUCCAAGUGAUCGAAAAGACACCACAUCGUUGCUUUUAAACGACUCGGUCGCAGAUCACUCCCCGGAUUGGGUUCGCCGGCUAUUUAAUUGUGCUAAUUUGCUCCAUCUCCGACAGACUAAACGGCUUCGAUCCGAAAUGCGUGAUCUCACUCGCCAUUUACAUAGUCUGCAGGCCAGUCGAGAUUUGGGGUAUCGGGAAGCCAAGCGAUUGCAAAGGGAGCGGAACCAACUGCGUGAUGAACUUUCGAGUCAAGUCACUAGGUACGAAGAUCGUCUAACCGAAUUGCACAGCGUAAUCGCUGAGCUUCGACGACGCCUGGAACGUACUGAAAUUCAAGUGAUCUCCGAGGUGGAUGAACAUGAGGGACGCGCUGUGAGACCAGAUCGCUGUAAAGGUGCUGGAACUUCAAAAAAGGAACUAUCCCCGCAAGCAUGUUCCGUAACCAUGGUUGAGGAAGCUUGUGAAGCUGACCAUAUAUUUUCUCCGGUCAGACCUGAUGGUGAUGCGGUUUCGGAAGGCUCCACGGACGGAGAUACGUCAGUUGGAGCUGUAGAUGGGGACGAUACUGAGUUACGCUGCGAUGCACUGUCACAGAAGGGACGAUUACUUGAUGGUAUCAACUCCGUGAAUCCUGAUGGAAAAACGUCUGCGUCUCCACAUGCCGUUUAUGGGUGUUUACACCAUUGCAACUGUCACAGCGCCCAUAUGACUCCCAGCCGACUGCAGUGGCAUGUUCACCCUAAUCCGGGUGAUGCACGAUACUCGGAAGAGACAACGACAAAAUCACCUCAAGCGCCAAUUUUAUCGGAACCCAAUGGGUUGACCAGAAAUCAAGGCUCCACAGACCUGGGUGUAUCCGAUUGUCCUGAACCAGAGUGGGUCACCACCGCCCUGAACGCGUACUACAAACUAGCGGAUGCUUCCGAGAUCAAGAUUCAAGCUCCAGAAAAACACCAUCAUGAAGAUCAGCAAUUCCAGGGUCAACAUACGUGGACCGGAGUCGACGAUUCCAUCCUCACAGGACCCCUGUCACCCGGUGCUUUGUUCCAACUUCUGUACUCCAUCUCAAAACUGGCCCCGUAUCCGCGCUUGGCUGAGGUUGCACAUUGUGCACAACUCACCUGGUCCCGUUUGCUGACUACAGUGGGUCGAUUGCAAUCAGAUUGUCUUGUGCUUCAGACUAACCUGGCAGACGCCAAAGCUACGGCCGAUCGAAUGCAGUGCCGACUGAACCAGAUCGAAGCAAACUGGGACGCCGCUGUCCUAGUGACGUCCUUGGCUGAGGCCUGUCUGGAAAUUAGCGAUUGUUUAAACCAGCUAUACUCAACAGAACUGGCCAUUCUCCUGUAUCAAGAUAAUCACCAAUCCAUGUUGUCGGGUCAGGUAUUCUCCACCAUGUCCUCAUCAACUUCGUCGUCCUCAUUACAAGGCAGAAGUGUAAAACCUCAGGAAUUUAGACCGAAGGUUUCUGGUGUAAGUGCGAAAAAUCCACCAUCACCGCAACCUCCGAACCCUUCACUCCACACCUCCUGCUCCCCCCAACAGCAUCCUUAUGCUGUAUAUGCCAUACCUGGAUCUUCUCUGUGCACCGAAAGCUGCCAAACACAGCCACAUGGUACCCAAUUUGCCUAUAUUCCGCUGAACUCACAAAUCCUCAAAGUAAACAGGCAUCAUGCGGAGUCAAGUGCACACGCACUGUUAAGGCGAUGUGAGCUGGUGGCUCAAGGAAACGAGCAACUGUACCCAACCGCGUCGUCGUCGUCCAACAGUACAGCGCCCUCUUCUUCCCUCGGCCGUACAUUCACUCGCCUACUGCAGCAGGCUCCACUCAGCCCCGGUUGGUUUUCCACUCACUCACCACUGGGCCACAACGUACCCUCCACUCACAGUCUGACUAGCACAAGUCUCUACGCGAACUCAUGGUAUGUGAGCUUGAGUCACCUAGGCCGCCAGUCCGCCGUCAACACAACGGGUCGUGGUGAACGAAUGUCAACGCUGGAGAAUUGUGUUGGUUCCGAAUCAUUACCUGUCCGUACCAAAGUCUCGAUGACAAAUGUCCCCUCAAACAACUCCAACGUUAAAUCAUCGAAAUCAGCCCUUAUGACAACCACGCAACAUCAAACGCCAGUGUCCGAAAUGGGUAGAGGGUGGCAAACACCUGAUUCAGGUGCAGGCAGCAGCAGCACAAACGAAACAGCGCAGCAACCCUUGAUCCAUCCCUUCUUAAGAACAGCCGACUUCUUAACCGCUGCUGACAUCCACGGUGACCUGCUGCAUAAUGCAUGCUCAGUAAGUCUGUUGGAUGCGUUGCCACCGGUGUGGAGCCGAUCGAAACAUUGGACACGGCGACACUCAAUUUGUGAUUACGAUUCCGAUUCGUCAGACUCGUCGGGGGCAGUAACCACAGGCGUGCAAGAACAGAGGCAUGGAGAUCAACCUCAGAACACUAGUAGUCUGAUGCGUUUGAGUGCAUCUACCUGGACACGAUUGGAGGAACGAAAAUUACGAACGAUUCUCGGCCAAUUGUUCCGGGCGCUAUAUCGAUUGAAGUCGACGAUUAUUGAGUUGUCUUCUCACAGCUCUGUUUCCGAUGACGAUAACGAAUCACGCCGAUUGUGGGAUUCGAUCAGAAACCAAGACGGCAGUGGUCAGCUUCUCUCGUCCAUAUCGCUUGCCUCGAUCGGAAAACGUCCCCUAAAUGUGCUAUUGGAGAAUGCUGUGUUACUGCAGGAGUUAUGCUGCGUGAAGGAAGAGCGCGCAGACCUCAAGGCCCGCGUAUAUCUGCUGGAAAAAGAGCUGCACGCUAAUCGGCUGAUGUUGGAGAGCCACAGAGCCGCCGAAAGUGCCCUUCGAGCCCACUUGGAUGCGCUCACAGUGGAACGGAAAUGUCGUCGAACCAGCCAAGAGGAGAACGGAGGAAAAGAAUGCAACCCUAUUGACGGUCAACCAGAGGUAGCACUGCUGCGUGGACAAGUUAGGAAUCUUCUUCAAGCUCUCGAGGCCCUGAGACACAGCAGCGAACUCCAACAACUUCAAAGUGAGGAGUUGGUGGACGAUUUGAAGCGAGCCAAUACUGCACUGAUCGGAGCGUAUGAGAAAGCUAAGCGAAAAUACCUCGCGCGCAUCAAAAGACUGGAAGAUCAAAUUCAAACGACCGCAGCUAUGCCGGCUGUCACUGGAAAUGCAUUCAACGCGCGCACCGCUAGCGCAUGUACAACAGCGCCAGGUACCCCAGCAGAGUAUACACGAUCCAAUGCAAUCUGUAGACAAAACCACCUCACACAUAAGUACACACAAAAUGUGCCGCCACUGGUGAGCGCCGGGGAGUGCAACCCGGUGAGCACGUCUCGCUUCGUCACCCCGGUGAGUGUGGCUGUUAACCCACCCAGUACAUCGGGCUGUACGGAAUCAGUAUGGGUCUCCGCUCCCUACGCACAUUGGAACAGUCGGCCAUUACCAGCCGUACCGGUAAACGAGUCAAGUAAGCACAAUUCCGCGCACUCAGUCGUCCACGCAAUCAAAACGUCAAAGCUGAGGGGUACGCCUAACUCCAAUGGAGAGCAGACACGUGCAAUCUUUCUCUCGACACAAGAAGUGCCGUGAGGCGAUCAGAAGAUUGAAAUUGUAUAUAAAAACUGUGUAAAGUUAUGAUACCUUGAAAUUAACAAUCAGAAGUUUCUUUUUAGAAAGGAUGCACAACGCCAAACUGGUCUCAUGCCAGUCCUAAUCGGUUUACCCAUCAGACGUCAUUCGAAAAGGAAGAAACUCUUCUCAACCCCCUCCUCUAUGAUGCGUAUACACAGAGAUCAGAAAAUAAAUAAUAUACUAUCUAUCCUGGUCAUUCAUGAUCGCCCAACUCAAAGAGACCGCUCAUCGAAUCGAGGGUGAACACCACCCAGUUUCCUGCAUUUUUAUGGCAGCUAAGGCAAAGUCACGCAUCUAUACAAGGCCAACAUACUUGGGAACAGCUGUGAUGGCGGCGCCCCAGUUCAGUCAACAGCCGUAUAGACAAACAAUUUAUUAUUCUGAAUCAGAAGCGCUCGCCGCUGUUUGUGUAUUCUAAUGAAUGGUGCACACCUAUUCAUCUGUUGCUGGAUGUCAUUGUAUGUGCCCGCGCGUGCAUCGAUGCACGCACGAGUUAUGCCAGAAUCCUUCUUUACUAUACAUGUGCAUAUACAUAUGCAAGAAACACAAUGAGAUGUUC